UACUCGUGCACUAAGAAAAUCCAUGUAUAGUAUUAGUUCUCCAAGGGAAAUAACUCUAAAAGUAUUUCAUUUAGAGUUACCGUUCUUGUACAAGUACACUCGCUGUUUCCAUGACACUGCACAAUCAAAACAAACAGUGCGAAGUGGAAGAAAAGCGGAACCGUGGAAUUUUAAGAAACAAUGGGUGCCAGAAAAGAACUCGAUGGGUUCCCCUGUCGUCUUAAACCGACAUGAUUUCACGAGGAUCAAACAAAGUGCCAGAGUUCUAAGUGAAGAAGAAAAGUCCAUGAUGAGAGAGGAAUACAUGGAGAGAAAAGAAGCUGCACUGCAACAACGGUUUGAACGUGAAGCAAGGCUGAAAAAACUUGACAAACAACGUCAGACCGAUGAGAAGCUGUGUCAUUUGGAUGUGGAGGCCAAGCUGAAUGCUGAGAACCUUCUAGCAAAAGCGAAAGAAAAACGGGAGGAAGACGAGGACCGAAUAAAAUAUCUUAACGAGGUGAUUCUGGAAGCGAAAUGCCAUGCGAUCAGAGACGCUCAGCUGCAAGAGAAAAAACAGAUGCAACAUGACGUAGCGUCUGAGGAAAUGCGAUUGGACGAAAUGAUGGAGAUCGAUCGAAAGAAUGCCAUCAGGGUACAGGAGGAAAUCGAGAAUCGGCGCAAGCAGGAACUGCGUUUGGGCGCCGUGAAACUGCGCGAACAGAUAACGGAAAUGGAGGAGCGGAAAUUGAGACUAACUGAAGCGAAGGAACGAGAAACGGAGAAACUGAAGAAGGAGAUUGAGCAGAUGGUUAGAGAGGACGAAGUGAUCGCAUUGAAGAAGAAACAGAAGCAGAUUGCGUUGAGGGAUGAACUAUUGGAAGCCUGUCAGAGAAUGUCAGAAAUGAAAGUACAGAAGCAACGGCAAGAGAAAUUGGAAGAAAAGAAUGUCUUGGAAUUCCACAAGGAGAAAGCUGAACGAGAGGCCGCUUACGAAGCCGAACAAGAGAGAAUCAAACGCGAGAAAGACAUUGAAAUCAAUAAAAUGCGACGCCAGCAGGAGCGGGAAAUCGAUUCGAAGGCUGAAAAGCAAGCAUUAAUGGCCAGACGCGAAAUGGCACGUCUGGAAAAAGAAUGGCGACGCAAGGAACUGGAAGACGCGAGGAAGAAAGCGGAAAGCGACGCCGAACUGAUCGAAUCCAGAAUACAACAGCGGAAAAACAAAGAAAACAAUAUGGCGCUGCAAGUAGCAACAGAUCGGAUGGAAUUCGAGAGUAUUCUGAAAGCGCAGAGGGCCGCCAUGUUAAAGGAGAAGAAAGAGGAAGAAGCCGCAUAUGCGCGCGCACGUGAACUGAUCAAGGACGUGCAAGCUCAGGUAAGAGAGAAAGAAAAAGAAAAAAUCGAGCUGAGAAAAUUGAACUUUCAAGAAGGCAAACGCUUGAAGGAAGAACUUUACAAUCACAAAUUGAAAAUCAAGAAUUGCAAAGAGAAGAAGCUGGAAGAAAUAGCGUAAGGACUUUUGCUUAUUUACUUGCUUCAGUCAUUGGAUUGCGACCAUACUGGAGCACCGCCUUUAAGGUCGGUUUAGUCGAAGAAAUUGAUCUUAGUAACUGUCUGCCUUGUUUACUAUGUAGUCUUGUACCAAUUCCAGCGUUGUCCUUUACCGAAUCGCUAAGUUACGAGUACGCAAACAAACCAACACCAGCUGUCAAGCGGUGGGAUGAGGUGAAAGACACACACACACACACACACACACAUACACACACACACGCACGCACACACACAUAUACAACCCUUCCACCCAUACACACACAUACCCAUAAACACACGCACAUAUUUCAACAUAGGCACACAUACACUUUCCACAUACACACACAAACACACACAUACACCUUUCCACAUGCACGCCCACACACGCACGCACACAAACACACCCAUACAAACACAUACACCCUUCCAUCUCUCCACCCCACCCCCAAACAUAAACACACCCAUCCAUAAACACGCAUACACACAUUUCGACA